AUGGAGCCACCUUACAACGGUCCCUGUAGCGAAGCGGCAGUGAGUGUGGACCGUCUGAAGGCUGCCGUCCCGGGCAUUGCUGCUGAUGUGCCGCUGUGGUCUCAUAUUCCUCGUUCGUCCACCUCCCCUGACCUCAGUUCCCAUAUUUCCGCUCUCAAUGAAACCUCCUCCUUCUCCGCCAACUCGUAUGCAGGGGCGCACACUCAAAUCUCUCUACAUUCGUGGCGCAGUGAGCGCCAUGUCAAUUUUCACUUCAAUGGUGUCGCCUCACGCCGCCUUCCAGUGUCCGAGUGGGAUACCGUACCGAAGUGUCUGAAUAGUCGUUUGCCCCUAGCUCCCAGGGUAACAAUCGGGAGAUGGCACUCAAACGCCUUCAGGCUAUAUCAGCAGUUGAAGGCCUACUUUCACGCACUACUUGGACUUUCCUCGAUGGCCUAACAUGGGCUGGCCGAACAAACAUCACAGGAGGUUACAUGGACGAUGUUCGCUGUUACCCAACCUUCAUCAUCGCUACAAACGUACACCUGAAUAUACGGCGUACAUUCGCAUUACGGCAGUUUAUUACAAAGCAAAAUCACUUUUAAAUAGGAUAAGUCUGCACAACAUGGGUCAGGAACAGUUUCCAGGCAUCUGUCAUAGACAUGGCAUUGAGGCCAAACCAAAGACGAUAUUGUACUUCGUCUAUGUGAGCCCACACAGCUCGACCACAUACAGGGUCUCCCUCGUGGAGUUUCCUUUUCAGUCUACUCCAGUAUGCCUCAAUGGCGUUGGUGUACCGUCCGGUGGUAGGGUCCUUGAAAUUCUUUGAGCGGUUAACAGAGAAAUAUAGAUAACUUUCUGAGGGAAGAUGAUUAUGCGCCUCCCACUCGUCCGUUACCACUAUACUGCCUUUGGCGUCCCAUUUUGUAAUAUCGGAAGGGAGAGCGGACCAACUUCGAUCAUUCACCUGUUCAAAUAAGGCUUUCCGUCGGCUAGUAUCGUACAUCCCGACCAGCCACCACCCAUAAAACCCCUAUUACCGCCUGUCCCGUAAGUCAGGCUGUUUUGGUUAGGCGGAUUUUUUUGGGUGCCAUCUCCCGAUUGUUACCGGCUAAUACAUAAAAUUAGUAGUGGGAAAACGUGAACGAGCAAAAGGGAAGGGGAAUGUGAAAAUAAAUGAGCUAGAGUUUACCAUGAAAACGUUGGGCUAACCACACGUUCCAGCUGUUUCCAUAGAUCUGGUUUCAUCCGCCGCAUAUAGGCCGCCCCCAGAUAACGCAGUGCCUGAGUUGCCCGUGCCCAAUUAAGUACUCAGACAGAUAUUUUAGGAUCAAUGAAGUGUCCCUAAAACGUCCCCAUUUUACUGAUUAGCCUGUAUUGCUCUAAACCAUAACCUUGGUUUUUGCAUUUAUUUUCUGUACGAUUUCAAAUCGCUGUAUUCUUCUCACUCGAUAUUUAUAUUAUGAAGCGACAAGACGCAGUUAAUGAAUCGUUACGCAAUUUGAUGGUACCGAUAAAUCCUGCCUUGCACGUUUGCUUUAAUUUCUUUCAUUGGUAACUCUCCAUGAAGGUAACCCAAAAUCACGCGACAACACGUGGAAUACGAAUUCCUUUAUCUAAGUGUUACGAGCGUAAGUCGGGACUACGCGCACUGGUCUCUAUGCGAUGAAUCCUCAAGUGACCUAUCAGGCCUAUGUGUGAGGAGAAAGUUCGGUUUCAUUGGUGAGUGGUUGGGAUAAACUCCUCGUUUUGAUGGUAGGGACAGUGGUGACAAUGCUUCGCAGGUCAGUAGAAGUGUCCAUAUUGGUGCUGCCAGUGGUGGCGGUGGUGGUAAGGCCAUAAGAUAAAAGGACGGUUGAGCACGUGGAUACGAUUGCAGGGGUUGUGUGCUGGUGUCGUUGCUCCGUAGCACUUAUCUCUUGUGGGCCAAUCUUUGGCUCGGCAGCGGCUAUUUGGUUCCCUCCGAUGAUGGUUGUUUCACAACCUUUACGGCAGCGCACCUGCCUAUAGGUCAUGAGCGAGGUCCUCUCAGGUCUCCAGGAUGAUUUGCAGGUAUUUGAGGGAGGUCCUCAGGGCGACCUUGCAACGACAACUUUGUUCGCCUUGUCUGCGACCACCCGCAGCUACGUCGCCGUAUAAUAGCUGUCUGAACAGAUGGUUGUCGUUCGUUCUCACGACAUGGGCGCUUCAUUGCAGUUUUACCAGCCUCGGAAUAGUGUAGAUGUUGGUAAAGCAAGUCCUUUCCAAGAUCUCCGUGUCCGGGAUCCUUUCUUGUCAGUGUACCAUCAGUAUUUCACGGAGAGAAUGGAAGUGAAAAUGAUCGCGUCUUCUUGCAUGGCCUUUCAUCAACAAUCCACAUCUUCGCCCCUUACAAGAGCACUUUCCUGACGACACCCCUGUACAUCCGCAAUUUUGUGUUGAAUAGGACGCCGGAACGGUUCCUGACGGAGUGCUGCAGUCGAUUGAAAACCUGGCUGAAUUUGGAGAUCAGACUUGUGAUUUUGUCGUGGUUCUUCGUGUUUCAUAAAAUCACACUCCCAUGGCGCGUGAAUUCCUCCACUUCUGCGAGAUGAGUUCUACUGACAUUAAUACGGGUUUCGGUGUAGUCGGAACUCGGCGCCGUUUGAUAGAGGGCCACUGUUUUCCCGGCGUUGAUAGUCAGGUCUAAGUUGAGACGGCCGAAGGCGAAGAAGUCAAAACUCCGCCACGGGUCUAAUUUCGAUGUGGUGUUUAACGUGCAGCAUGCUUCGGACAGAAAGUCAUUGUAUAGUAUGCUGCCCGGACUGUCUAGACAUCACGUCACAUGCACGCAACCAAGGUCGUGUAUCUCCGUUCAGACAGCCUUGGUGCUGAUUGGUCACCCUUCAGCCUAUGACAUUCCCCCCCUUGCCAUAUACCCAGCCGUUUCUACAAGGCUCUCCACUUGUGUUCUCUCCCGUACCCAGUACGCGUCCUGUCUACAAGCUAACCUGUUUUGCAUACAUACCACUGGCGAUGAAGCUUGACGAACGCUGUUUCAUAGCUGCCUACACCGUUACCCUUCUGACCAAAGAGCACUCAGAAGCCCUCAACUGA